AUGGCUUCCAGUGGGCCAAGUAAUCCAGGAUGGUUCACAUCGUUGCUUCCCGCUGUUAUUGCGAAUACAAGAAGAUCCCGGCCUGAUAUUAACGCCAGACCGAUCGUCUACCUCAAGGUACCGGACAUCAGUUUUAUAUCGCAGGCACAGGGGGGAAGUGUGGUUGAAGCUACUGUCUCGAGGAACGGUGGCCCAUCCCGUCGGGACAGCGACGAGGCUCUAUGUGGCCUCGCAGGUGGCAUGAGUUCUCUCGACCUGAUCGAUCCCGAUAGCAUCUGCCCCAAGUCCCUGGCUCCAGUAGCCAAUCUGAAGCCUCAUAACCUCAACCCCGCUUCAGAGUCUUCCCAUGGACCUAUCCACUUCCACCGCAAACCACGUGGGCCAAUCCAAGACCACAAAAGCCUCUCAACCCCUUCGCCUCUCACCCCAUCACCACGAAAGUACACCCUAUCCUUGCCACCCGCACGCACCGACCCGGCAGAUCCACAUGCGCAUCUACUACCUGGGUUGCCUAUGCCCGUCAGCCCUGAGACGCUCAGAUAUAUAAUGCAAAUCUGGGCCCAGGACACAGCUUGGUGCGCUGAAGCAGCGUGGCGGGAGGAGUAUAACCCGUUCCCCACCAUCCAUCUCCGCGAGGGCUGGAAUCUCGCUCGCUGCCAGGGCAUUUUGUGGCAUCUCUACCACACCAUCUACGACGGAGACGGUAUCCUCGGGAGCAUGGAACACGAGGUAUCCGCCCGCCAGAGCCUCGCGCGCUUCAGUUUCUGGGCGCAACGCGAGCCGAUGCAAUUUGACGAGGCCGACGACGAGGAUCUCGGAGGCGGAAAUGGAUGGCUCAAGAUGUUCGCGAUGGUUUUCAAGGGCAAGGAGGGGCAGGGGAUGUGCUGGGCGCGGGAGCCCGGUAGCUGGCGAGCAGCGAGGGCGGGCCUGCUGACGUGUUGUCGGGGAGUCGACUUCCUGGCGGACGUCGAGCAGUGGGGGGGCAGUAUUCUGGGGCGGGUACAGGUUUGGAAGGAAAGUAACGAGGGCUGGCGGGAUGUGCAGGAGGCGCGGAGGAAGAAGAGGCGGAAGUUGGAGUCGGAGUCGGAAUUGAGGAACCAGCCGAGCGAUUGGACGCGCCCUGACGACGACGAGGAGCGACGGAAGAGAGUCAGACGCGAAGGGCCCGCGCCUGCGAAGGUUUGGAGUGAGGGAUGGAGGAGGAGGAGGCGAGAACAGGAGAAGAAGGCUGGGAGGUGGCUGGAUGGCACGGCGAGGCAGAAUCAGAUAUGGGCCGAAUUCUACUGGGUACUCAAUUGCGAGGAUCCUCGGGCCAUCCACUGCAUGACCUGGCCGAGCGAAUACCAACUGGGCAAUGGAGACAUGGCACAUAGUUGGGGGGAAUACGCAUGA